GCGCAUGCGUACCUGGCGUCGAAGCUUGGGCUGUGAUCUGUGCUUGCCAGUUUUAUUCGUAGUACUUCCCCGCAAAUAGCCCGGUUUAGCGUUUUAAUAUGUCAACGAGUGACUUCUAUUUGAGGUAUUAUGUGGGACACAAGGGGAAGUUUGGACACGAGUUUCUGGAAUUUGAGUUCAGACCCGACGGCAAGCUGAGGUACGCGAACAACAGCAACUACAAGAAUGACGUCAUGAUCAGGAAAGAGGCAUAUGUACACAAAAGCGUGAUGGAGGAGCUGAAACGCAUCAUUGAUGACAGUGAAAUCACCAAGGAAGAUGAUGCCCUGUGGCCCCCUCCUGACAGAGUUGGAAGACAGGAGUUGGAGAUCGUCAUUGGAGAUGAGCACAUUUCAUUCACAACUUCCAAAAUUGGCUCUUUGAUUGAUGUCAACCAGUCUAAGGAUCCUGAAGGACUCCGUGUGUUCUACUACCUGGUCCAGGAUCUGAAAUGUCUCGUCUUCAGUCUGAUCGGACUACACUUCAAGAUCAAGCCCAUCUAGAAUGUGCAGUUGGAACUUUUUGGUUUCGUUAGCUGAUGUUUUUGUUUAACUACCGCUUUUGUACAUUUUUGCUCUUGGUGGAAGUUUUUAUUUUGAAUAAACAUUGAAAAUGGAAA